AUGGCUCAGAUCUCAGCAGCUAUUGACCCUGGUGCGGGUUGCUCGGCUGCAUUCGCGACCUCCGUCGCAUUGGCAUCUAGUACUCUGAAAACCAUUCUCUCAACAUUCAACAUUCAAAAUGGAGCGCCCAGCAAGGAGAUCCGCAGUUUUACCCAAUGUAAGGGCGCAGGAUUGUGGGCAACAAGCAGAUACACUUCGGACAGCUGGCAUUUUGCGUUUACGAGCUGGGAUAGGCUCGUGUCGUCACCACAUCCGUGUCUGACUGAGAGGUGCCACGCACAAGCGCUCGCUGGAAGUGGGGAGUACCUUUCACUGCAUGGUAAUCUUGUGUGA